AUGGCUAGAGAAAUUACUGACAUCAAGGAGUUCUUGGAGUUGACCAGAAGAGCCGACGUCACUGGCGCCACCAUCAAGGUUAACAAGAAGCUGAACAAGAACGGCAAGGCCUUCAGACAGACCAAGUUCAAGGUCCGGGGUUCCAAGAAGCUAUACACUUUGAUCGUCAACGACGCUGGUAAGGCCAAGAAGCUAAUGCAGUCGUUGCCACCAACCUUGAAGGUCAACAAGUUGUAA